GUGAAGCGGGAGCUGCAGCAGAUACACAAAAGUCUCGCCGCAGAGGGUGAAGAAGCAGCAACCGGUCUGGCGAAAGAACUGGAUCAGCUAGAUUCUGACAUUGUCACCCUGAACGAGAUCACUGUGGCGUCGAAGACCCUCAAAAACAACGCGGUCUACCUGGAUGGCUGUUUGAACAAAUUCAACCAGGAGUACAUCAAUACAACAUGGAACUAG